CUCACUCGCGUCUUCUCCCUUUAUCAUCUCUCCAUUUCCAAGUGUCCCCAAACGUUCUAAUUCAAAAUUCCACACUUCUUCAAUUUCCUUAGGCAAGCAAAUCUAAAGCUUCAAUCGAGACUCCCUUCAGCUGCGCUUGGCCCACGCUAGGCGCCGCCGCAGUCACAUCUGCCGCCGCCGCCGGAACAAAACCCACCACAAAUGGCGGACCGAAAUCCCAAUUUCGCCAGCAAUCAACAGACGAUGGACGCCGUUGAAAGUGCGGAACAAUUUCUGAUUCUCGACGGGAAUCCCGACGACCAGCACCAAAACCAAUCUUUACUCGAUGAUUUUGUGAGCAACAUGCUCCGAGAUCCCGAUGAGGACCCUGCCGGAGAAUAUGGCACCGGAGCCCACCUGGGAGAAAAUUUUGACGGUGGUGAAAGUGGAGAUUUUACUGAUUUUGCACAGCAGAGUCGGGCUUUCGGGAACCCUGUACGAAUCCCGACGUGGCCCGUCGUGCCAUCUCCUUACAGUUGCACUUGCUGCCAGACGCUCAGAGAAUUUAUACACGCAAAUGGUGCUCAUGUGCUGAAGCUUGAUGUUCAUGGCAGACUAGGACUAAUCAGUCACGCAGUGCUCGAGAGAUAUAAUAGUGAUGUUUUAUCUGAGGAUCGGGAGUACUAUAUGUUCGACUUCUGCCAGGAGAGCAUAAGCAGUGUGAAGCAAUUCCUGAUUCAAUACUGUGAAGAUCGUAAAAGAGAAGGUUAUGUGAUGUUGCAGGAUCCCUUGUUCAACUUUUACAACGCUAUGUGCAUUGGAAUUAUAGAAGGUGGUGUUAGUCCGAAGCCAGAUAUUUUCCUGCCAAAAACUUCAGGAGGUUUUUUACCAAAACCCUCACUGCCUCACAUGGCUUUGUUCCAGGAAAACUACCUCUCCGAAAGAGACAUAUGUGCUACCAAAAACCCAAACACCAGAAAAAUGGAGAACCUCGAAAAAAAAAUAUUCGAAGCAGCUUCAACCGGGAACGUCGAUUUACUGAAGACUCUGCUAAAACAAGAUCCUUUGAUUCUCGACAGAGUUUCUUUAAACAAUUUAUCCGAAACUCCUCUGCACGUGGCCGCCAUUUUAGGCCACGCCGAUCUCGCGAAGGAGAUCUUGAAAAUAAAGCCUCACCUCGCGUGCGAGGUGAAUUCCGAGCAUUCGACACCUCUGCACCUGGCUUCUGGUAAAGGCCACGUGGACAUAGUUCGGGCCCUGCUAAGUGUUGAUUCUGACUUAUGCAAGGCCCGUGAUAAGAACGGGCUCACGCCACUUCAUCUGGCGGCGGUUAAGGGCCGUGUUGAGGUCUUGAAAGUGAUGGUUGAGGAGAAACCGGACGCGGCCCUAUUAAGGGCUUACGGAGGAGAAACCAUUUUGCACUUGUGCGUGAGAUAUUACCAGCUGGAGGCUUUGAAGGUGUUAGUGAGGGCCGUAUAUGGGCCCGAGUUAGUGAACGCUAAAGAUGAUGAGGGUAAUACUGUCCUGCAUUUGGCUGUGGCGGAUAAGCAAGUUGAGACUAUCAGCUUCUUGACCACCAUUCCCGGAUUGGACGCGAAUGCGACCAACCUUGGCCAGAUGACACCAGCCGACAUCCUAAUUCGAACCAAAAGGGACCCGAGAGACUACGAGAUCGAGAAAUUUUUUAAAAACGAUCUCGACCCCUUGUCACAACCUAUCACGUCCUCCCACCCGAAUAGAGCUCCAAGGCGGGAUACUCUCCAUGACAAGUGGUUCCAAGAAAUGAAAAACUCGUUGAUGGUGGUGGCCAUUCUCAUCGCAACCAUAGCUUUUCAAGUCAUAGUCAAUCCUCCAAGUGGCGUAUGGCAGCAAGACAACAAUAUCCCACAACUACAAAGUCUCGCGCCUAAUGAGGACCCUGAGGUGGCCGGUGAAUCCAUAUUCGCGCGGAAUUUUGAUGUUGUAUAUGAAUUAUUUGCUAUUAUAAACACAAUAGGUUUCAUCUCCUCUCUCAGCAUCAUACUGCUGCUGGUGAGUGGGCUGGCGAUCAGACGAAAGUUCUUCAUGUGGAUUCUGAUAGUGAUGAUGUGGAUCGCCAUCACAGCCGUCACGUUGGUGUACAUGUGUGCACUUUUUGCUGUGACGCCAGGUCGACAGUGGCUUUCAUCGGGCGCUAAUGUGGCGUACUGGUGCAUGAUCGUGUGGGUUGGGAUAAUAGUCUUAGUGCUUAUUAGCCACGUGAUUCGUUUGAUAGUGAAGGCGGGCAGGAAGAUCUUCGGGGCCCUACGACGUCCGAGAAGGAGGACAAUGGAGGUUGUUGGUCUCCCAGGUGCUUCACAUGAUCACAAUGUUUACUGAAUACAUUCUUUGGAGGAUGAACUUAUUAUAUGGUGUACCAUAAUCCAGUAGAGUAAGUGUUUCUGUAUGUUUAAUAGUUGUAAUGUAUUUGAGAGCAUUAGUGUAUGUUCAUCAUUUUGCAUGUUAUAAAUGUGGAUUUAAAAUAUAUUGCAAAUAGUUUUUCAUUAAUAUAUGUAUUCAUUGAUG